CACACCAACAACAAUCACCUCAUCAUCGUUAAAGCUGAGAUGAUCCACAGCCUCUUUCUGGUCAGCCACUCCGGAGACAUCUUCCUGGAGAAACACUGGAAGAGUGUCAUCAGCAGGAGUGUGUGUGACUAUUUUCUCGAGGCCAAGGAGAAAGCAGGCGACCCAGAAAAUGUGUCCCCUGUCCUUCGGACCCCACACCACUAUAUCAUCUCAAUCUACAGGGACAAACUCUUCUUCGUCUCAGUCACUCUGACUGAAGUCCCCCCUCUCUUUGUCAUUGAGUUCCUGCACAGGGUGGCUGAUACUUUUCAGGAUUACUUUGGAGAAUGCUCGGAGAGUGUUAUCAAAGAUAACACAGUGACCGUUUACGAGCUACUGGAGGAGAUGCUGGACAACGGGUUUCCUUUGGCAACUGAGUCCAAUGUCCUCAAGGAGAUGAUAAGGCCUCCGAACAUCUUGCGGUCGGUUGUCAAUACACUCACAGGGGGUAGUAAUGUAGGGGGAACAUUGCCUACAGGCCAGUUGUCUAAUGUCCCCUGGAGGAGAGCUGGUGUGAAAUACACCAAUAAUGAGGCUUAUUUUGAUGUGAUAGAAGAAAUCGACGCCAUUUUGGACAAAUCAGGUACGACUGUGUUUGCAGAGAUUCAGGGUGUGAUUGAGGCCUGUGUGAAGCUCACUGGGAUGCCUGAUCUCACCCUGUCCUUCAUGAAUCCUCGUCUCCUUGACGACAUGAGUUUCCACCCAUGUGUGCGUUUCAAGCGCUGGGAAUCGGAGCGCGUCUUGUCUUUCAUCCCACCAGAUGGAAACUUCAGGCUGAUGUCGUAUCAUGUCAGCUCUCAGAAUCUUGUAGCCAUCCCAGUGUAUGUGAAGCAGAACAUCAGCUUCUUAGAAACAGGUUCCUGUGGUCGUCUGGACAUCACAAUUGGUCCCAAGCAGACAAUGGGGAAGAUGGUGGAGAGCUUGAUGGUCACUAUUCCAAUGCCUAAAUCUGUGCUCAGUGUCAAUCUCACUGCUACUCAGGGAACCUACAGCUUUGACGUAACCACCAAGGUGCUCCUUUGGGACAUCGGGAAACUUAACCCUCAGAAGCUGCCGAACCUGAGAGGAAGCCUCAGCACGCAGACGGGCGCCCCAAAGCCGGAAGAGAAUCCCUCACUCAACAUUGACCUGAAGAUACAACAACUGGCCAUAUCAGGCCUCAAAGUGAGUCGUCUGGACAUGUAUGGAGAGAAGUACAAACCGUUUAAAGGAGUGAAAUAUGUGACUAAAGCGGGAAAAUUUCAGGUCCGGACCUGAGUGAAGAGGUGAAAGGUCAGCAUUCCAAUACCAAACAGAGAGCGGGGUUACCACACUGCCAAGCCAUCGACAAGUCUUACAUCUCCACAGCUACAUCGUCAAAAAUCAACACCUCUGCGUUCUUACAGUUAUUUAUUUUCUCAUUAUAAAUGGCAACGUAUUUUAAAUAUGACUGAAUAAUUCUGGCCUGUUAAGGUAAGGCUUUAACAUUUAAUGUGAUUUCUGUUGAAUGUUGGUCUAAUUGUGCUGCUUCAUAUUGUGAACUUUCUACUUUUUGCAUCACUUGAUAUAUAUGUCUAUCCACAAAAUGUAUUUCCUCAUCUAUCAUGCUCAAAAUGUUGCAGAAGGGAGAUUUUUUUUAUUUAAAAAACAAGCGCAUAUGCAACUCACUGCCUUACUUUAAAUGUCAACUCUGCACAAUACAACAUGCAAGCUGCCUGAGAGUAUGAAGGAAGGCCUUUGAAAAAGUUUAAUUUAACGAAGGGUCGCCAAUGUUACGGGUUAAAGUAGAAAUUUAUUAGAAAACAUUCAGAAUUUAUGCCUGCAUUCUGAAUGGUUGUAAUGCAAAUAUUUUUGCACACAUUCAGAGUUUCAUUCAGUGGCCUUAUAAGAACAUUUUUAAGUGCUCUGUUAAGCACACUACAGCACAAACUUCACGUUUUGGAGACUUAAGGGAAUUAUUUUAAAAGUGUUUUUCUUAUUUAAAGGUCAUUCUAACAUGUAAUGUUGGUAUGAUGUGGAUCCAAAUUAGUUAUUCAGGUACACUUUUUUUAUUUAGAGCAACUUUAAAGAACCUCACAUUUUUUUUUCUUUUUUGCAACUUUUCACUGCACAGCAUGUUAGUCAAUAUUAGACAAAAUAUCCUAUUUAAAAUGUAAGCCAGAUGCCUUAUUGUAAAAUCCUCUUCAUGCUUUGUUGUCUUUAAAUCCCAGCUGCAGGAUUUUGCUUUAUGUUUGGGAAUUUUAUUUUCUACAUUUUGUUUCUCUGCUUUUUUGUCAACUUUUUAUUACUAACUUUAAAGGGUUUAUUUUUCCAAAGCAAUAUUCUAAUUAAAAAGCAAGUCUAAUAAAUUACCUCCUGAUUCAGUGCCACAA